AUGGAGCGAAACCGCUAUCCACUGCUGAGUGCGCUUGUCGCGCUCAUCGGAUCCUCCACUGCAAUCUACUCCCCAACGUCCGUAUUUCUGUCCCCGCAACACAAUGAUUCACUGGCCUACAUCCUACGGCCGAGUGCUACCGGCGAAUCUGAAUUUCUCUCCCUGAACCUGUCCAGCACGCUCAAUACCGACAACCUAUCAUACACCGUAUUGGGCAACGCGCCAUCUCACGGUACAGACAGCAACUCGACGGCAAUCCCCACUAUCGAUGACCAAGGCCUGAUCACGCUGUACACGGGCAAUUGCCACAGUGCAACCGAUCACCCAGCACUAUGGCAGUUCCGUCCAGACAUCAACAGCUCAAUUGGCAACGGCACCUGGUCGAAGUUCCCGGUAAACAGCGAUGGAAAGACUGCGCCAAAUUUUCUCGCAGCCGGGUUCAGUUACUCAUCCAGUCACGCCAAGGAGAGCUCCGUCUACGCCUUCGGGGGUAUGUGUCCAUUCGUCAAUAGUACAGACGAGACAUGGAUUGAGGCAGCCAACUAUUCUCAGACCACUGUAGUUCUGGGCCAGAGCCCUUAUUACAGCAACAAGUAUACUGCCGCCACCACUGGCAAUCGGGCGCCUCCUGUCGCGGAAGCCGGAAUGGCUGUGGUUCCCCUGCAGGCUACCUAUUCCACCGGAUCGACGGGCAAACAGCAGGACUUUUUGUUCAUCGGAGGUCAUACACGACACGCUUUCUUGAACAUGUCCCAGCUUGCUGUAUUUUCGUUGCCGCAGCAGAGUUGGAGCUUUGUGUCUGCAAGUGGGCAGUCGACAAAGACCGAGCUAGCCAUUCGGGACUGGACCGACGUUGAGCCUAGAUCCGGUCAUACUGCCAUUCUGUCAGGGGAUGGAAGAAAAGUGUUUGUGCUUGGGGGCUGGGUGGGCGAUACUUCAGUCGCUGCCGAUCCACAAUUUGCGGUUUUGGAGCUCGCGGAAGGAUUUGGAGGAGCUGCUGAGUGGACUUGGACAACGCCUUCCUCCGAUAGCUUGAAAAUUGCCGAUGGAUCUGGAAUAUUUGGUCACGGAGCGGCAAUGCUUCCCGGAGAUGUGAUGAUGAUUUCUGGAGGUUUCACCAUUCCGAAACAAUCAUCGAAACGAGCGGUGUCUGCCACUUCCAAUUCGCAAACCUACCUUUACAAUGUGACAUCAGACAGCUGGGUCACUUCUUACAGCAACCCUGCGGCUGCAUCGGAGUCUGCAUCAAGCAGUGACUCUAAUUCGCUUUCGACAUCUCAAAAAGCCGGUCUAGGAGUUGGACUGGGAAUUGGAUGUCCUGCUGCCAUGGCAAUUCUUCUUUUUGCAUGGAACCAUUACCGAAAGCGAAGCGUGAAGGGGAAAAGAGACUCACAGCUGCGCGAGCUGGCGCUGGGCGCGGAACGGCCUCAUUUCUGGGGUCGAGAUGACCCCAGCCAAGCGAGCAGCAUGCGCAAUUCCGGAAUGAGUGAGAAGAGAGACCCUCCUGCGUACACCUGGUCUUCGAAUAACAGCCAGUCAGCACGCUCCGAUUGGCAAAAUCGACGUGGUAGCGCAGCGGAGAGGACAGGGUUACUCAUGGAUGCUCCUAGUCCGACAAGAAACAACCCUCCCCCGGCGAACGCACGGGCAUAUCCAAAUCGCUGCAGUGAGUACCGACGCAGCGAGGCUACCGAUAUUCACCCGAUCGACGAGCGCGAGGAAGAUGAAGCUGUUUUCCGAGACAAUCUCAUGGCUACAAUUCCCACGGCCUCCCAAACCGCCCCGAAGACCGAGCCCGAGGACCCAUUCUCAGACACUCCAUAUGCCACACCUCGAAGCACUAUUUUCGGCGUUGGCCUGGGCCCGUUUUACACCCGCAAAAAAGAGGCUGGUCAAGAUGCCAGUGGGUCUUCAAGCAGGAGCGAACGAACAACGACAAACCUUUCAGACCGCUCGGCUUUCUCUUUUGCCUCCACACAAUCAAUCGGUCAGGUUCAUCAAGCUCGAGCCGUGAUAAUCGAAAGACCCAAUAGUUGGGGCAGUGGACGCCACUCACUCGAAAACCUCGUCGCAGGCUCAACGCACAGCGACCCAGAUGGUGUCGCGCCAUCCGAGGAUUCUUCUGACUCCUAUUCCACGGCCCAGACCAACAUUUCUUAUCGCCAGGCAGAGAAUGAUUCUCUCCUCUUUGAUCCUUUGGAUCACCCCACUCCACUGACAAGCUACGAGCCAUCCUCGCCUUCCAAACUCCCACGCCAGAAAUCUCGAUCCUCCUCGGGCUGGGUGAUGAACACCAUGCGCAGAGCUCUCACCAUGUCCCGCCGCGAUGCCCAAUACUCUUCCACCGAGAGCAGUGAAGCCUCAGGGGCCGACCGCCGCAGUAUAGCCCUCAGCUCUGACCGAGAAUCACCAUCCUCUUCAGUCACCCCUCGACGCACGGUCAGUGCAUCGGCCGAACUCUUCCGUCGUAAACAGGGCGCCAAGGACUGGAAUGCCAAACGAGUCUCGGACGAUGUCUUCAACACCGCCCGCCCAACCCGUGAUGAUCUCUUCAGGGAUGCACCGGGAUAUCUGGGCAACGACGCCAUGACCGAUGACGAGGGCGAUGUUCAUGAUUGGGACUUGGAGGGGACUGCCGAAGGCCGUCGCGUGCAAAUGACAUUCACUGUCCCACGGGAGAAAUUACGGGUUGUCAAUGCCACUGCUGGUGACAUGGACAAUAUCUCUGAGCUCUCAGCUAGCCGGCCUGGUAGUCGCAGGGUGAGCACAUGA